AUGGCCUCCCAAGGAACAAAGCGACAGUCCUCAUUUGCAGACAGAGUUAAUGUCCCCAGACAGAAUGUCAAGCAUGUCCAUGUUAAUUCUGUUAAACUACAACAAAAGGGGUCCUCCAUUAAGAAGGCAGUGGUCACAAAUCAACAGAAAAGUAAAUCUGAGAAUUUUAACAAAGAUUUAGAAGACAAAUUUCGUCAAAUGCUACAGGGAAACAUGGACAAUCUCCCCAACCUCCCAAGAUCAGUGGCCAGAAUCUUUAUCAGCUCAACAUUUUCAGACAUGAGGGCAGAAAGAAACAUUUUAUCCCGUGAGGUUUUUCCAAAGCUGAAACAGCUAUGUUUGUCCAAGGAUCUAGAUUUUCAGGUGGUGGAUAUGAGGUGGGGUAUUACAGAAGAUUCUCAGAAUGACCACAGUGUGGAGAAAAUCUGUCUUCAAGAAGUAGAGAACUGUCAGAAGUUGUCACUAGGACCCAACUUUGUGCCAAUCAGCUCUCAGUUUUCAUUUUUUGCUGACUUUUCCCCGGGAUGUGAUGAACAUCGUGCUAGACAUACAAAAGAAUGGAACACCACCCUCACCAGCUUACAAAAAGUGUUGAGGGAUGCAGCACUAGAAGCUUUUCAUUCCAAGAAAUUUACAGAGGCUCAGGUGCAUGAGUAUUUUUACUCAGUCACAGAGAUAGAAAUCCAAAAGGGCAUUCUGUCGUCUGAAGAUCCAGCAUCACAAACAGCAGUCUUCUGUCGUGAAAUUACAGGCUUCAGUGACUUCGAUGACACUUUGACGAUGCGCUUUAUAGACACUGUCAAAGAAAAUGGGAAGAAUAAUGUUAACUCAGAAGUACGAAAGCUACAAAACGAACUCAAGAAAAAAUUGGAAACAAAAACAAAACUUAGACACAGUCACACUUAUAAGAUUGAUUGGAAUACACAAGGAAUAGGUCCAGAAAUAUGUAAAGAACAUGAAGAGUACUUGAAGAAAUUUUGUAAGGAUUUUUACGAUGAUUUUAGUCAAAUGAUUGAUAAUGCUCUUGACAAAAGAAAAUCACAAAUUCGCCGCAGAGAAUUCCGGAGCCAGUUUCCAGAAAUUCUUCACCACCUUCAUUUUUGCGAAACAAAAUGCAAAACAUUUUGUGGACAGGAAACCAUUUUGAACACAGCGAAAAACUACAUUUUAAAUACCAGCAUGAACAAACCCUUUGUUGUUCACGCCCCAUCUGGAAAUGGCAAAACAUCAGUAAUGGCUAUGAUAAUGAAAAACUUGCGCACCUGGCUAAAAGAUGACAACUUUGUGGGGAUUAUUCGAUUUUUGGGAACGUCUGGACUUUGUCUGAAUGUCUAUGAUGUAUUGGUAAAUUUGGUAAAACAACUUUCCGAUGUAUCAGGGAUACGCAUGGAACCUAUUGGUUACCAAAAAAUGAAAAAUUUGUUAGAGUACUUCCCACGGUUCAUCAGAAGGGUUGCAAACACUUUGAAAAAGCCGGUAAUUAUUCUGCUGGAUUCCAUAGAUCAACUGUCAAGGGAAUACGAUGCACAUAGUAUGAAGUGGCUACCAAUGACGCUACCACCGAAUAUAAAGAUCAUUAUAUCCACACUUCCAAAUGAGUUUGGGAUUCUAGAGAGUAUAAGAGCUUUGUCUCCAGAUUCAAACUAUUACUUAGAAAUAAGUGAUCUUCCACUUCAAACAGGAAAAGAAAUGAUGGAGAAAUACCUAUUACUUCAGAAUCGAUCGCUUUUACAUACCCAAGAAAAGGUAUUGAUGAAUGCAUUUUUGAAAUGCCCAAGUCCCCUCUUCUUGAAAUUAAGCGUAGACGAAGCAAUGAAAUGGAAAUCAUACACCGAAGAGCAUCAUUUGAUUUUGCAAGAAACAGUUCAGGGUGCAAUAAACAAGCUCUUUGACAAUCUUGAAGUGAAAUUUGGACCCGUUGUCACUGGUCAUGCGCUAGGUUACAUCACCAUAGUAAGAGACGGUAUCUCAGAGAAUGAGUUGGAGGAUGUUUUAUCCUGUGAUGACGAAGCUUUAAAUGACGUUUAUCGUUAUCACAAUCCACCAAUAGCUGGUAUUGUAAGAAUACCACCUGUUUUGGUUGCUCGGAUCAAAUACGAUAUUAGAGAAUACCUUGUGGAAAGACUCUCGCAAGACAAAUACACCAUGAACUGGUAUCACAGACAGUUUACUGAGAGUGCAGAAGCCAAAUACUCAUCAGGAGCACAAGGGGAAGUAUUGCAAAGGAAUUUAGCUGAAAUUUUUAUGUGCGAGACGUCUGUGAAACGAGAUAUAACAUUAACCAGGAGAAAAUUGACCAUUUCAAAUGCAGACAGACAAGUGACUGGGCAGCCUGUAUCAGAACAUAACAAAAGAAUGCUAUUUUGUCUUCCAUAUCAUAUUAUUCAUGCAAGAACCUCUAUGUCAUUGCGAACUGCAAAAGAUAAAUGCUUCUGCAAUUUUAAUUUCAUCUACAACAAAUUAGCGGCCUUCUCAGCAGAUGUUUUUGUUAGUGAACUGAAUGAAUUUCUUCAAUUUCAAGAAGAUCAGGAAUUGAAAAAGUUGAGGGACUUCUUUGUUUCAUUAACAAACGACGUAAUCUCACCAAAGAGAUUGGCAAUCAGUCUUCUGGAAUACGUUUCUGUUGAUACUGCAGACAUUUCUCUGCAAAAACUUCUUAGUAAGGCUGAAGAUUUUCUGAAAAAUCAAAGUACGUCUACUUUGAUUCCACUUCAUCCAGGACAGGCUCCUAGAAAAGAUCUUUCAGAAGCUAUCACUAGUACCUUCACUGGGAUUGACAACAUUGUAUCCUUUAGUCAAGGGACAGUUUUGGUGAAAGAUUCACCAAGUCAAAAUGAGGAUGUUGCUAAUUCGUCAUACAAAGUUUAUUUCGAAAACGCUGAGGAACUCAUGGAUGUUGAUGUUCCCUUUAUCAAAAGAGAAGAACAUCAACCCAUUGUUGACAGUGAUGGUCAGUAUGUAAUCUAUACUUCACCAGGUUCUGUGACAUGUCUUAAUUUGAUAGAAAAAUGUCAAAUUGAAAGACAGUUUCAACAUCUAUGCACAGGGGGUUCCAAGCAGGGUAUGGUUUGCAAAAGGAUCAGUGCAAAUACAAAUUAUUUGGCAGUGCUAUUUGAAAAUGGAGUCAUUAUAGAACUGAAGAUCGUUAACUUGGAAGAGAUAAAUAGAUGGUCUUUAAGUGACAAAACAGCAGAUGUACUAGAUAUGAUCAGCACAGAAACCGAACAUCUUUUGGUACUACUUGCAACACAUAAUGGCAGUGAACUUCUGGUUUAUAGCAACGAGACAAAAUAUCCAAAACGAUACUAUUUUGAUUAUCAGCUGUGCAAUAACUGCUGGGGAUUAUCUAAAGCAGAAUGCUUAUUUAGUGUCUUGGGUAACAAAGGAGAGACAACCUGUACAAUAGAAAGUGUCGAUUUCUCCAAAGGAAAAACCAGGACACCGAUUGAUAUCCAAGAUCGAUUGAAGUACAUUUCGUGUUCAGAAUCGACAUCUUUAGUUUGUUGUUGGGGUGAUGAAUGUAACGUUGUUGUUGCUCUUGAUCUGGAAAAAAGAAAAUCAUUGUUCAGGGUAACAGUCAGUAAUCCAGUGACCUGUGCUACACUUUGUGGGGGAUCCUUUGUUUUGAUUGUAGGAGAAGAAGACGGAACCAUUUCAUUGUAUGAUAGUGUGACUGGUAACCCUUGUGCUAGUGUUAAAGCCCAUGAGGGCAAGGUUCAACAACUAGUCAUGCUGGACGAUUUUCUGAUUUCUCACGGGAAGAACAAAAUAUGGAAACGGUUUGUUGAAAAUCUGGACAAUUGA